AUGGCCCCGAGCUGCUGCAGCAAGAGCACGUCCCCGCGGUGCCACACGCUGGAGCUGUGGGCUCUGGUGGCUGUGGGCUUCCUGGCACUCUGCUUCUUGCUCUCCCGCGGUGACCACCUGUGGCCCGACAAGACCUCGGAGUGUGCCCUCCCUGCGGGGCUCCAAACAGCCCUUCCCCCUCCGCCAAGCCUGCCCCCACCCCAGGCUUUGCCCACCCCUGCCCCGUGCGUGGCCAACGCCUCCGUGCACAACAUCUCCGGCUUCUCCCAGCUGCCCACCCACGUCCAGGACUUCCUGCGGUACCAGCACUGCAUCUCCUUCCCCGCCCUGCUCGACGUCCCCGGCAAGUGCGGGGGGCCCGAGGGCUCCCCCGGCACCUUCCUCCUCUUGGCCAUUAAGUCGUCGCCUGCCAACUACAACCGGCGGGAGGUGAUCCGGAAGACCUGGGGGCAGGAGAGGACCUUCCAAGGAGCCUCCAUCCGCCGCCUCUUCCUCGUCGGGGUGGAUCCCAGCGGCGGGCAGGCGGAGAGGAAGCUGAACAGGCUGCUGAGGCUGGAGCAGAGGGAGAGCGGCGACAUCCUGCAGUGGCGCUUCAGGGACACCUUCUUCAACCUGACCCUGAAGCAGGUCCUGUUCCACGCCUGGCUGCUGCGCAACUGCCCUGGCGUCCGCUUCGUCUUCAACGGCGACGACGACGUCUUCGCCAACACCGACAACCUGGUGCGCUUCGCGGCGGGCACCGUGGGGCGGCACCUCAUGGCGGGGCACGUCCUCGCCAACACCGGGCCCAUCAGGGAGCCCUACAGCAAGUACUACAUCCCCCAGCAGCUGCCGGCCCCCGAGCGCUACCCGCCCUACUGCGGCGGCGGAGGGAUGCUGAUGUCUGGCUACACCGCCCGCGCCAUCGCCCGCCAGAGCCGGCGCCUGCGCCUCUACCCCAUCGACGACGUCUACCUGGGCUUGUGCCUGGAGAGAGCGGGGCUGAAGCCCACCGCCCACUUGGGCAUGCGGACCAUGGGCCUGUGGGUGCCAGGCAAGUCCAGCCCCCUCGACCCCUGCUACUACCGGGAGCUGCUGCUGGUGCAUCGCUUCCUGCCCUACGAGGUGGCGCUGCUGUGGGACUCCAUCCACGACCCCCAGCUGCAGUGUGGCAAGAAGGUGACCUUCUUCUAGGGUGCCCAAGUGGCCCUUCCUGCCCAGGGUGGCCAAGCAGGACCAGGAACUGCAGGAUGCCAUCCUAGGGUGGCCAAGCAGGGCCAAGAGCUGGGAGAUGCCAUCCUAGAGUGGCCAAGCAGGGCCAAGAGCUGGGAGAUGCCAUCCUAGAGUGGCCAAGCAGAGCCAAGAGCUGGGAGAUGCCAUCCUAGAGUGGCCAAGCAGAGCCAAGAGCUGGGAGAUGCCAUCCUAGAGUGGCCAAGCAGGGCCAAGAGCUGGGAGAUGCCAUCCUAGAGUGGCCAAGCAGGACCAGGGACUGAGAGACUCCAUCCAUGACCCUCAGCUGCAGUGGGGCAAGAGGGUGACCUUCUCUGGUGGUGCACCCCCAGAUCCCUGGUAUCUGCUGCUGUCUGGGGGGGUGGUCUCUGAGCACCCUGGGGCUAAGCCCCCUCUUUGCCAUGGCACUGCUGAGGACCACCCUGGGCACUGCUGAGGACCACCCUGCCCCUGGCCUGUUCCUGCCUGGGUUUACCCCAAAUCUCUCCUCCCAUGGAGGCCCUGGAAGGGGAAUAAAGCAACCUGCUUUGAGUGUGA